AUGAGGCACCAUAAAACUAAGGGAACACCGAACAAGUCUGGCUGGUUUGACCUUCCGGGCACCCUGAAUGGUCCAGCUGACCUUGGGAAGGCGCAGGAGGCCCUGCAGGAGCGGUACCGCCUGGGUUCCCUGCUGGGGCGCGGAGGAUUCGGCAGCGUGUGCUCGGCAACGCGGCUCUCGGACGGCGCCCCGGUCGCCAUCAAAAGGGUGCCACGGAACCGCAUCCGGCACUGGAGCGAGCUGCCCGACGGCACCAGCGCUCCCCUGGAGGUUGUGCUGCAGGACAAGGUGUCCACUGGCUUCCCCGGUGUCGUAAAGCUGCUGGAGUGGCUUGAGCUCCCCAGCGACAUAGUGAUGGUGCUGGAGCGGCCAGAGCAGUCUCAGGACCUCCUGCAUUUCAUUCGGGCACGGGGGUUCCUGCGCGAGGAGGUGGCGCGGCCGCUGUUCCGCCAGGUGCUGGAGGCCGUGCGGCACUGCACCAGCUGCGGGGUCCUGCACCGCGACAUCAAACCAGCGAACAUCCUGGUUGACCUGGCCACCGGGCAGGCUAAGCUGAUUGACUUUGGCUGUGGCACCUACCUGCAAGACACAGCCUACACUCACUUUGCAGGAACACCAUCAUACAGCCCCCCGGAAUGGACCCGCUUUGGCUGGUACCAUGGCGAGCCAGCUACCAUCUGGUCCCUGGGCAUCCUGCUGCACGAGAUGGUCUGUGGGAAGAUGCCUUUCAGGAGGGGCUGGAACUUCAGCUGGGGCCAGCUCUCACUGCCACAACGGCUCUCUCCAGGUGGAUCCUCUUCUCUGGGCAUGGGUGCAAUACCAGUGCUGGGAGACGGCAGCGGGCUCGGGAGCGUUCCGCUCUGGCAGCUGCUGAGGAGGUGGCACAUGUCCUGCUCUCCCCCAAAACCAAGAAUUGAUGGGAAAGUUCAGGCCCAGCUUUGAGCGCAUCCAGCAUGGCCUAGGCAUGGGAAUAGUGGGGCAAAACCAACAGGAGCCUUCUCCAGCUGACGGGCAGUUUCUGGUUUCUCUCCCCAGAGUGCCAAAAUCUGAUCGGGUGGUGUUUAUCCAUGCACCCCUUGGCCAGACCCUCAUUAGAAGAGGUGUUCAGUCAUCCUUGGAUGCAGGAUAUUCCUCUGCCCUAGAAGAAGGGAGAGAGCCACAGGCACACUUUGAUCCAGGGCCCUGGGAAGGAGAAGGAGCCCCUGGAGAAGCUGUACCAGGUGGGGCUGCUGCUGCAGGAGACAGCGAGGAUGACAUGAAGGAUGACAACCUCUUCCUCAACCUGGCCACCAGCAGUUGAAGAGGAAGCAUUCUAGGUGGUCCAGUCUGGAUUGGGAAGUGCUUGGGACCAGCUGCAGCGUGGAUGGGCUGUGCCCUUGGAGCAGGCUGAGGACAUCAUUUGGGACCAGCUUUUCUUCCAGCCGUGGAUGGCGUGAGGUGGGUGCCCGUCUGCUUGGCAGGGUGGGAUCAGAA